AUGGCGAUACGUCGUAGUGGCCGUGGCCACCAACCCAUUCACUACGGGUUCACCGACUGGAAAGCAAAUGAGACGGCUCCCGGUGUCCGCGGGCGUGGGCCUUCCCAACCACAAGGACAGCAGUCCACCUCGCAGGCAGCAGUCACACCACCUGCCACCAAGAGCACCAGCAAGGCGGCGGGGAAGAAGAGAGCCGUGGAGGAUGUCGAAAGCCCUGUGCCCCUGGCCAGGCAAGAUAAAGCCAAAGGUGCCGCCAAGAGGCCUAAGCGGCGGGCGAAUAGAGGGGUGGUGGACGACUCCUCUGACGAGUACGAGGAUGAGGAUGAGGGCGUCGAAGAAGACGCCGAAGGAUAUGAUGCUAUGUUCGAGGACUGGGACAAGGGAGACGAUCUCGUUGUCGAUGGAGCGGGCGACGUAGAAGGCAGUGUUGAUGUCGAGGAGGAAGACGUGGAGGAGAUUGAUGCUGCUCUCGAAGAAGAGGCCAAGGGUGAGAUCGACGAAGUGGACGAGGCAGACUACGACUCUGCGGUGAUUGAAGAGGCCCAAGACACACACGACCUGUUCAAGCCGUUCUACAGCUCUCUUUUUGUGUCCUGGAGGUCCUCCUCAAGGAGGAGAAUGUUGAAGGUCGAUUUUUUGGCGUUUUGGGUGUGGGUUAGCUUGGCCGGAAUUUUCCAGCUGCAGCAAAGUUCCAAGCCCCCCAAAAGCGACGGUAGUCGACUCGCCGCAUUGUUUUGA